AUGAGUACUCCGCAGCCCUCCUCCACCCACUCCCCAUGGCAGAACUCGAGCGCAUCCGGCGCAGUCCAGACACCCGAUAGCGACAUCGCACACGCGAUGAACCAACAGCAGGGCUCACAUACCGAUGGACAGGACGCGAUCCGAGAAGGGAAGCUGAAGGCCAAGGAGACCAUGGCCGCGGCGGGUUGGAACGCCGGCGAGUCGCCUGGCCCGGCGCGUCAAUCAAGCAUCUCGAAUGGACCCGCGCAACCCAAUGGCACGCCGCAACUCAGUCGCAAGCGAUCGCGGGAUGGCACGCAACUUCCUGCCAGCCAGGCCAAUGCUAAAAGCGAAGGCGCGAGCGAGUCGCGGCCAUUAUUACACAACGAGAUUCUCCUGGAUCGCUACAUGCAGCGCGACAUGUUACACGCGGCAGCUAUGAAUGACCAAGCUGAACGCUCUCGCGAUCUGGUCAAGAGCAAGGAAAUGGAGAAGGAAUUCCACAUUACUCAGGUGGCUUUGCGUAGGAAGCAGGAUCCUGGAUCGAUAUUUGGCUAUGGAUUUAUGGGUUACGGCAACGGUAUAACCAAUGCGCGCAGCCAGAUUGUCUACAGCUCGAAUCAAGGUCCGCCGAAGGGUAGGAGAAACAAGCGAAUUCAUGUCAAUCGGAAGGACAACGCGCAACAAGCGGAACAGCACGAAGAGUUGGUACCCGUAAGACUGGACAUCGAAUUGGACAAGCUAAGACUGCGCGAUACCUUCACGUGGAAUCUGCAUGAGAAGGUCAUUUCGCAGGAUGUCUUUACCGAUUACUUGGUGGAAGAUCUCAAGCUUCCACCCGAGGCCAUUCCGGAGGUCAGCCGCCAGAUCAAGGUCGAAAUGCAGGACCAGAUACAAAACUUCUACCCCCACAUCAUUGUUGAAGACGGACCCUUGGAGCCUGGAAAGCCCUACUCUGAACACAAGGACGAGGAGAUGCGGAUCAUGAUCAAAUUGAACAUCACGAUUGGCCGGAUAACACUUAUCGAUCAAUUUGAAUGGGACAUCAGCAAUGCUUUGAAUUCGCCAGAGGAGUUUGCCCGGCAGAUGGCUUGGGAGAAUGCACUCAGCGGCGAGUUUACCACUGCCAUUGCCCAUUCAAUACGGGAACAGAGUCAACUUUACACCAAGAGCUUAUAUUUGACAAACCAUGCCUUUGAUGGACGACCCGUGGACGACCCCGAUGUGAGAGAUAGUUUCCUCCCGGCACCAAUCCACAGCGCUUUCCGGCCAGCUGCAGCUCAGAAAGACUGGACUCCAUACAUGUAUGAGAUGAGCGAGGCAGAACUGGAGAGAACUGAAACUUCCAUGAUGCGCGAACACAGAGCGGCUAAACGACAGCUGAACAGGCGAGGAGGCCCAGCGCUUCCAGAUCUGAAGGACAGGCAACGGACUGUGCGUUCCUUGAUCGUACACUCCGUCAUUCCUGGUGCGGUAGAAACAUUUGAAACAACAGGAAUACCCAAGACUCGUCGUGGUGGCAGAAGUGCCCGACGAGGCCGUACGGAUGCAGACGCUGACUCGGACGACCUCGAGAGCGAAGAGUCUGGUGCAGACUCUCCGGCGCCUUCAGCGGUCAUGAACAAUGUGAACACCGGUGGUACUGCAAGAACACGCGGCAUGCGUGGCGCCGCCGCCGCCGCUCAAGCUAACAUGCGCGCGGGUUAUAACCGAUCCCAAACUCCCGACUCACAACUGCUCUCAGCGCCAGCAAUCGAGCCCCGAGCGUCCACGCGAAAGAGUGCUUUGCGUGAGGAAAGCGUCAUGGACGACAACGAGACAAAGAUCGUCAAGCUCAGAAUCUCCAAAGCAAAGUUCAAGGCGUGGUGGGACGAAUAUAGCUCCAAGAAGCGAGCUAGCCAGUUUCCAUUGUCUGGCUAUGCAUCACAGCCCGCUCCAGCCAACGCGAAUCUGAGCGUAGGAACGCCGACCAGAGGAGCCACGAGCACACCGUCGAUGACACCUCGGCCGCUUCCCCAGCCUCGGGGAACACCUCAGCCCAAUGGAAGCCAUUCGCGUGCAGGCUCCACAUCACGGCAACCCGACAUCCAGUACGACUCUCGAGGCGCGGCUGAAUUCUCUCGUUGGCCUAAUCCAGCCGAUGACGCUGUAAGUCAUGAUUUUCAUCUACUUUGUCGCCACUAUGAGAUGCUGACAUAUACCGAAUCACUAGCCGCCGCCACCACCGUGGCUCCAACAGGCCAUAGACACACUGCGGGAGCGACAUCCUGACGACAAAUUUGAGCCCGUGAUGAAGCCCUAUCCAGUCAAUCCUGAGACGGGGGAGAUCAGUCGCCAGCAGUUACAACCUGGCGACACCGCACCACCUGGUCUAAAGUUACAGUACUUACCUCGAAUCCGAUGCAACGACUGUCCGGGUAAGUUGUACACAGCGCAGCCUGGACGAGUCGUGGACGAUUUUGAGGUACACUUGCGGAACAACAGGCACCGAUUGGCGGUGGAGAAUCGCAGGAGUGGGUCUUAA